AGAGGCCCUCUCGGUAGGGACAGCGGGCUGGCGCCAGGGGCCGCAGGGCCGGAGCGUGCCUUUGAAGUUGAGUCCGUUACCAUCAUGAGCGGCCGAAGUAGGGGUAGAAAGUCCUCCCGCGCCAAAAGCCGUGGCAAAGGCCGCGCCAAAGGCCGAGUCCGCGCUACUCCUGGCGACGCCCCACGCGACCCGGACCCUCCACAGUGCCAGAGGCUCGGGGAGGAGACCAAGGCGGCACAGGUGCAGGCUGGCGCGGGUUGGGGUGGCCUGGAAACCGCUGCGCCCGCGCCGCCCCGCCGGCCCGGGGAAGAGGGUGCCUGCCGGUUCCCCCUGGACUGUGGCCUCGCGCUCCGGGCCCGGGCUGCGGGGGAUCGCGGGCAGGCCGCAACCAGGCCCGGCCCGGGGAAGGCCACAACCCUCUCGGAGCGCCUGGCGACAGACACUGUCUUCGUGGGAACCGCGGGGACCGUGGGAAGGCCGAAAAAUGUCCCCCGCGUUGGAAAUCGGCGCUGCCCCGCUGGGAAGAAGGCCCCAGUUACCUGUAGCGCAGUGGGGAGGGGGUCUCCGGCCGUCGCUGUUGGGAAACCGAAGAAAGGGACCACUGGGGAGUCUGCCUCCAUUCCAGUGGUAGAGGAAAAGAAGGUGGAGAAGGAUGCAGGGUCAGGGCCCCCGGCAACAGAUGGCAGCAUGGAUACACUGGAGAACGUCCAGCUGAAGCUGGAGACCAUGAACGCCCAGGCGGACAGGGCCUACCUGCGGCUCUCCCGCAAGUUUGGGCAGUUGCGACUGCACCACUUAGAGCGCAGGAACCUCCUUAUCCAGAAUAUCCCGGGCUUCUGGGGGCAGGCUUUUCAGAACCACCCCCAGCUCUCAUCCUUUCUGAACAACCAAGAUAAAGAGGUACUCAGCUACUUGAACAGCCUAGAGGUGGAAGAGCUUGGUCUCGCCAGAUUGGGCUACAAGAUCAAGUUCUACUUUGGGCGCAACCCCUAUUUCCAAAAUAAGGUGCUCAUCAAGGAAUAUGGGUGUGGUCCUUCCGGUCAGGUGGUGUCUCGUUCUACUCCAAUCCAGUGGCUCCCAGGGCACGAUCUUCAGUCCCUAAGCCAGGGGAACCCAGACAACACCCGGAGCUUCUUUGGGUGGUUUUCAAACCACAGCUCCAUUGAGUCUGACAAGAUUGUGGAGAUAAUCAACGAGGAGUUGUGGCCCAAUCCCCUGCAGUACUACCUUAUGAGUGAAGGGGCCCGAGCAGAGAAAGGAAAGGAGGGCAGGCCAUGUCCAGCAAGGCAGCCAGUGGAGACCCCAGAGCCUGGGGUAAACAAGUCCAACUGAUUCUGCACAAGUCUCCCUGCUACCUCCUGCUGGACCCGUGCCUUGCUGGCUGACCACAUGAGUUUGGCUGUCUGCCUUCUCUUCAUGUUGACCUCUGUGCACUGUAUUCCCUUUGGACUUCAGUUACAAGAAUAUGGUGUUUAUGAUCAUGUUCUUUUGCCUCCCCAUGGCAUUCUUGCUUUUUUACGUUAGUGUCACAUGUUACGUGAUCUCACCCCUACUGUUUAUAUGUUAAACACACAUGAUUCAGAUGUGUGCUGCCUUUAUCUACAUUGCCUGGACCCUGUUCUUGGCUCUGGCCUUUCCCACCUGUUUUUAACGUGGACACUCGUGAGUCAUCCAACAAGAGGACCAGUGCAUCCUUAAGCUCUGCUACUUCAGGGUCCAUGAGUUGCUGGGCUGGUUCAUGUGACCAUGCAUGCCAUCUAUGGCAAGCUUUUCUGUUGCCACUGCAAAAUGAAGCUUGUGCACAUGGUAUUGGCCAUCAGCCAAAACUGAUUGUUCCGUGGCUCUGGGGUCACCAGCCAAGGUGCCAUCUACAAGAUCUCUGGCUUUGGCCAGGGGCCCAUGCUGCCCUCCUGGACACAGAUGAGGUUAAGGGUGAGAAGCAGUAUGCUGUGUGCUCUGUACCAUCAUGCGUCUCUUCCUGCCUCUGGGCCUUUCUCCUGGUGAACCUUUGUCAGGGUCUGCACCAUGCCCCAUCACUAUUAGGCCAUUGAGUUUUGUCCAGGUUGCUAUUGGCCCCAAUUGGCUUCCUGGUCAACAAGGACCUCAAGAACUGCUUGUGGACCCAGGCCCCCUGCCGGUGCAUGAGACACACACCUGCCCUCCCCAGCCUUCCAGGAACCCUCCUGGCUGCCAGACUGAUGGGCGGGCUGGUAUGUAUGGACAUGUGCUCACUGUCAUCAAGCUGUGGCUCCAGACAUGCACAGAAGUGGAGAGGAUGGUCUCUGGACCCCGUGUGCCCAUCACCUAGCUACAUCAAUUAUCAAUUAUGAUCAACCUGGUUUCAUCUGUGUCUCCCUCUCCCUGCCUGUAUUGUUUAUCAAAAGUCCAAGAGCCUGUGCCAGUUCAACCAGGACUGCUUUGGGAGACUGGGACUCUCUGUUGGUGGUGAUAGUGGUGGGGUGCACUAUCAUUAUCACAUCAGGUCUGUUUUUUACUUUUCGUGUUAACUAAUGAAGUUCCAGAGGUGGGCCUUAGAAUGAAAGUCUUCGGAAUUAACAAGAAGUCUCAAAAAAAGAUGAAGGGGAUGCUGCCUUUUUCCUGCAUCCACAAAAGGAAAGAGAGACUGUUUGUUGAUAAAGACUUAUCAGUCUUUGAUAAGGUGCUUACUUGAGAUCUUUCACCAGAACAUCAGUCUUUUUCCCUGUGUAAGAUGGAGACUUGUGUGACUAUUAGAAUUAUCAGCUUGUCCUGGUCUCAUAAUAUAACUCUGGGCUUGAAAGUAUAAUUUGGAAAUUGUUGCUGUGUUCUGUGAUAAUAACCUCCCAAAAGUAAUCAGUAACUGGUUGUCUUACUUGGUAAUUGACACCCUGGUAAUAAUGCAAUUAUUUCUUUGUUCCGAAACAGUAUAAAUAGUUGUAAGCUUGCAUGCAUGAUGGAAAAAAUAAAAGCCUGUAUCUCUGUUAUAUUUUUUUAUCUUUAAAAAAGAAUUGGAAGGUUAAGCAGAGGCUGGGUAGUUGAGGGGAUGUAUACUAUGGCAUACAUGAGUGAUUCCUAAGCCUCAGGCCCUUGUGUGACUAGCUACAUAACAAUAUAUAAAAUUCUGAUUCCCAAGCCCAUACCAGAGAUUGCGAUUCUGUGGUUCUGGGAAGAAGCCAGGCA